GAUGGGUUGGGGUCCAAGCUUGUAUAUUCCAGGCUUCACAAUACACCUUGCCUAUUUUUUGGUGUCUGUAGAAUUAAUUCAAGCAGGUAGAAAGUACAAGCUUGUACUUUAAUUGUUGUCAAUGUACUUUGAAGUUGUUUACUGCAAAAAUAACAAUGAUUUUUAAGGAAUUUUACACAGGUAUUUUGUUAUUUCAUCUGAAAGGAAAACAUUGUAAUACCGUCAUGAUCAUCAUAAUUAUAAAUGAAAGCUUUAAUUGUUUAAUUAUUUAAAUCGAUUACUUAAAAAAUAUAGUUGUAACAAGAAGAAUGCAAUGAUUUAUAUAUCUACAUUAAUAAGGUUCAAUAUGCCAUAGUUGUUUACUGGAGCAUGUCUGUAUUAAAGGGGAAAAUAUUGUUUUGAUUUACCGGUACUUUUUAACUUUUUAUAUGCCGGAUGUCUGUCACGUAAUGGUAUCACCUACCAACUGCAAGCCAGGUGAAUGUGUGGUUGUUGUAUCUGAUUUAUAAGGGGUAUGCUUUUGUGUGUUAAUGCAUUGAGUCGGAAAUUUCCACAGAUCUGUUGAUUGUCCUCGCGGUCUCUGAUCAUAGCUAUAUAUAACUGGCAAUAUGCAUGUCUCUCUCUGAUCACCGGUUUGUAAACAGAUUUCCAUCCUGUGUCAGUUGACGUUUUUUCGGUAGUUUGAAACUGUAGAGAGGAGUAUUAUGGGAAGUUUUGCAGGACAUGCCCUUCCAGGGUCUUUUUUCAUUGUGAUGUCGGUAUGGUGGAUCAUCUCCAUCUUUACGCGAUAUUUCAAAGCUCUGAAGCGCGACACCAGGUUCAAGAGUUCCGUCACGUUUCCAUUCCUCUGCUGUCCUGGGAGACUGCGGAAUUGGCCACUGGAAGCCAUGGUCAAACUGUUCAUGGUGUCUGUUGGGUUCUCGCUAGAAAUCUACACUGGGACCAGUGAUGGAAAAUUCACAGCACUUGGCAAUGGGCAGCACGCCACAAUGUUUUUCUUUUUUGGAAUAACUGCUGUAAUAGAUUUACUUCUCUUCUUCGAUGUGCCACUACCAAAGGACUUAGAUUAUGUUUCAAACAUUUUGGCCAUUGGAGUUGAGGGUCUUCUUUUCAAAUUUCAUCUGCAUGGCCGAACACAUUUGGAUGUUCUUCUGCAUACGCUUUUGAUUUACUCUAUAGCCCUCAAUGCAUUAGGAAUUAUUUUGGAAAUGAAGUACCGACAUAAUAUCCUCUGCGCCCUGUCCAGGUGCUAUGGAUUUUUGCUCCAAGGAACCUGGUUCUGGCAGGUUGGCUUCAUUCUCUACAAUCCAUAUCCAAACCACAUCCCAUGGAAACCCGACGACCAUGACGAUUUGAUGAUAGCCACCAUGUUCUUUUCGUGGCAUGUAGCUGCCAAUUUCCUUGUCGUUCUAUGCAUUGGUGGAGUGAUAGGCUUCCUUCACCGGCGCUUUGGGGGCUACGCAGGCGAGGAUGAGUUCGCCAUGAAGCGGUUGAUCCACAAAGACUCAAACGGCCAGAGACUGAUCUCCAUGCAUGAGGAGAGUGACAGUGAUAUAGAAUUCCAAAAGCCUGCCAGCAGAUAAUUCAGGUUCAUCCAUCACUUAACAUUUGUUUUAAUUGUUAUGCAAUUUGUUCAUAUUAUUCGUACAUCUGCCAUCUAGAAAGUCUCCUAGUUACAUGCAUGUGGAAUAAGAAGAAUCCAAGGGGGCAGAUUGUGGUAACAAAGUUUUGCUUUUGAUUUCCAUGAAACUGUUUUAAAGUGUGGACUUGUAACAGAUAUAUGUGUACCAUUGAGGUGUUUGUUUGGAUUUAGAUGUUUCAUUAUUUCUUUUAAACGGGAAUGUAAGUUGUAAAAGCUGAUCGAGUUAGAAAGUGGUAUAUUUGUGCAAAAACUUGUCUUUUUAUUUUAUAGGAAAAAAAUAUCAUUCAUUUUUAUCUCAUCAAUAACAUACAAAGAAAUUUCCUGUUGAUUCAGAAAGAUACAUGAUACAUUCAAAGUGAAAUUUAUUUCAAGUUUUAAAGUCCCAAUGUCACAUCUCAUUGAUCAAGCAUCAAAAAUGCCUAAAGACAUACUUUUGUGUACAAUUUUGUUGACGUGUUAAAGCAAAAAUAAAGCCUGAAUUGUUGAAGAUGAAAUCAAUUUAUUGCUAUUUGCCCCCAGGCACAUACCAGUAAUCAUCUUCGAUUUUUUGUUUGUGUUUACCCAAUUGUUUAAACGAAUUUAAAUGUUUUUGCUCCCACUCUAUUUUUAUUGUUAUAAGAAUGAAUUCCUUUGUCAACCACUCUGACUUUUAAAUAUUAAUUUGGUUUUAAAAAAUUGAAAGACUUGAAUGAAGUUGAUGAAAGUCUGUUACACAGUCAUGUUAUAUACCGUUUUCCUGAAAUGUGAUAAAACCAAAAGAUCAAAUUUUUCUUUUUACUCUGAUUUUUUGCUGUAGAAUAUAUCAAAGAAUGUGAUUCAUUGUUUUUAUAUUUUUUUUUAAAGAGACAAAAAAUAGUGAUUCAGAAGGAAAAAGAAACCAAAUUAUUAUAUUCAUUGAAUCCUAACUUGAACCACAAAGGGAACCUUUAAUACAUCUUCCCAAAUUGAAUCCUUGUUUACAAUAUGUAGUGAAUUAUACUUUUUCUUCAACAUAUCACGUGAGGUUGUGAUGGAUAACUUGAAGAUCCAACCACAUUGUGAUGCUAUCUUGUGAGAGCUAUCCCUUCAUGUAUAUACACAAACAAGCUUCCAUCCAGGCAUUUAAAAUAUAUAUUUAUGCAAAAUUUACAUCUACAUGUAUAUUUUUUAUAUAGCAUAAUAUUUACAAUGUCCUAUAGAGUUUCUUUAAGUUUUUGCAAUGUUUUGCUACUAUGUGGACAUCAAUAUGUUUAUUAUUGUCGAUGAGGGAGCUAUUUAUAUCAGUAUGUAUUUUACGUGUACUUGUUCCUUUAUUUUGCAUGUAUUUGAAUUUGCCGUUAACAUCUUAAUUAGUAUUCAUCUUUUCUCUCCCCUCAAAUGUUCAGUGCUAAUUAAAAAGUUUAGACCCACUACACUACAUUCUGUACAUGUUGUGAAAACAAGUUUAACCUCCAUGGCUCCCCAAACACAUCUCCUCCAGUCUAAAAAUGAUUUGGUCUUGUAAUUAUAAUUUUCUCUUGAUAAAAUUUCACACCAGUAUGUAUGUAAACUAAGAGUCCAUAUUAUUUCCAUACGUUUUUUGGUUUUUUUUGCUCAGAUAAUAGCAAUUUGUUAUAUAAUGACAUUUUAUUUUAUAUAAUGACGCAGUUAAAAACUGAAGCUUGCAUUAGACAGGGUUGCCUAUUGUCCUCCUUGUCUUUGCAAUAAUCUACAGAAAAAAAAGUACCAUCUUUUAAGGCUUAUUUGUGUGAUUUGUUUAAGUUCUUUAAACAUGUUUGUUAUUUAUUAUGGUAUUUCUACAUUGCAUACUACACUGUUAUAUUAUAAAUGUGUAUGGAAAACAGGUGUUCAAGAAUAUUUUGUUAUAGGAUUAUCAUAGAAAUUAUCAAUGUAUUUAAAGAAUAAAUACUACAUCCAGUUAUGGACAAUAUGAUCUUGAUGAGAUGUGUGUUUAUUUAUGAAAAGUUCAUCAAUUUUAUCAUUUUGUGAUUGAAAUGAGAAAUCCAUGAAGAAGUCUUAUAUCAUCUAUUUUAUGUAUGGUAUUUUAUUUAUUAUAGUUUGUUAGCUAGUGAUGAAAAACAUGAGCAUGUGUUUUAUACGUGUAUGUUGAAACAAAUCAAUUAGAAAGUUUAUCUAUUCUCUUUUUUUUUACCAUCCAAAAUAUUUCAAUGUUACACAAAUCUUCGUUAAUAUUGCAGCAUAAUAUGAGUGUAUAUUGGAAACAUUCAGUGUCCAAUUUUUUCAUGACAUAGUCCCAAAAAAUAUGAAUUGAAGCAACCAACUCUUAAGUAUUUUGUUAUUUUUCAAGUUCAAUUCGUUUUUUACAUGUUUGUAUAUUGGUACCAAAAAUGCAUGUUGAAAACAAAAUGAUAUUCUGUGUUUAUUGUAAACAUUCUGUGUCCAAUUUUUUCAUGACAUAGUCCCAGAAAAUAUGAAUUGAAGCAACCAACUUUUAAGUAUUUUGUUAUUUGUUCAGUUCAAUUAAAAUUCGUUUUUUACAUGUUUGUAUAUUGGUACCAAAGUAUAUUAAUGCAUGUUGAAAACAAAAUGAUAUUCUGUGUUCCUAUGUGUUUACAUGUUUCUGUAUAAAACAUUAAAUUUAUUAAUGUUCCGUUUCAAUUCUUGUUACAAUAGAGUUCAUAAUUACAUUUUUCUGACCUCUUUAUCUCUGUAGAUAGUUUGAUUAAAACUUGAUGACAAAAAAUGUAUGUUUUUGUUCUUUAAUUUAAAUUAUGAUAGUUUAAGGUGGUAUGGGACACUUGUCAGUAUUCAUUUGGAUAAAAGUACAUUAAAAUCAAUGUAUUUUGACUUGUUUUGAAUUUUUAUAAUUUAAAAUAUUUGACCAGAAAAUUUUGGGAACAGAAAAAUUAAUAAAAUCCCAAAGGGGAUCGAUUCAAACUCAUGACUUGCAGAUUCGUAGUUAACGCUCAAACCUAUUGCGCAACGCUGUUGUGAAACAAUUUUUGGGGGGGGGGCAUUUAUAAAAAUUAUAUUUGAAUUAUUUGUUUACUAAUACAUGCAUUUCGAUAUAGGAAGAACGUCACAAUAUGGAUGUGUCCCAUACCACCUUUAUUAAUAUUGAAUACUACAGUGUGUACCCAGUCUGAAUGAAUUACAACUCUGCCUUACACAAACAAAUCAAGCAGGAUAUAGAUUUGGUAUCGGACGUAUUCGCUUAAUUGAUUAUGUUACAGGACGUCCUGAAUUCUAUAAUGUGCAGAAUUUUGAUUUGUAUAAAUAUUGAUGGGUUUUAUGUACCUAGGUAAAAUAGACUGGUAAAUUCAUGUUACAGUAAUAGUGUGAAUGUACAGGCACCU